AAGUUAAAGAAGUGCGAUUAACCGAAAGGAGGCUAGAGUAUCCCCGAUUAAAUCGACAGAGAUAAACCCAAGCUUGUAUCGGGGGUUUCUGUUUUCCUUUUUCAGAGUUUCUUUCCAGCCCUAUUUUUUCCAUUAACAUUCCUCUUCCUCGCAAAUCAUAAGUGUACAAUUUCUUGUCUGUAAAGAAAUUUAGCCGAGUAUAUUCGAAAAUGCAUCGGAUUAAGUACAAAUUAGCAGAAUCAAGAAGUUUGAUUAAGAAUGGAUUAUCUUCUCUCUUGAAAACCCAAAACGGAUUUCAUUCAACUUCCUCAUCUACUACAAUCGGAAAGAAUCUUUCUGAUAUUCCAGCGGUUGGGAUACAUCCAAGUAGUGUGAGUAAGACUAUUGCCAAACCAAAGUGGUUGAAAAGGGAGUUUGGCACUGUUGGAGGUGCCCAUUUUAAAGGACCGCAAACCAGAGAAUCUACAGUGGCUCUGUUAACUCCUCAUCAACUCAAUAAAUACAAUGGAUGUCACAAAAAUCUUCCUUGUUUUGUUAGAUCUCUUGCAUCCAGUUCAGCUUCUCAGUCGGGACAAAAAAAGAAUGAGAGUAGAAAAGACUUAAAAACUACUGUUGAAGAUCCCUUUGAUGAGCUCACGGAUAAGAUUCCGCAGAAACCUGUGACAUUUACAGAAGGGGCCUCCUACAGCUUUAUCAUUAUUGCUGGUCUUGGUGUUGCAAUUGCUGCAGGAUAUGCUGUAGUUAAGGAGCUAAUCCUCGAACCUAAAGAGUAUAAAAUAUUCAAUAAGGCUCUAGCCAGGAUUCAGGAUGACCAUCAGGUGAAAUCAAAAAUCGGGUCUCCUAUUACGGGAUACGGUCAAGAGAGUAGAAACAGGGCUGCUCGCCAACGGAUUCCCCACAGGGUUUGGACUGAUGAAGAUGGUGUUGAGCAUGUUGAGGUUAACUUCUAUAUACGUGGCCCCCAUGGAGCCGGAAAGGUAUAUAGUGAGAUGUUCAAAGACCACGCCGACAAGCAAUGGAAAUUCAUGUUCCUAAUUGUUGAAAUCAAAUCCCCCCAUCCAGCACAGUUAAUACUCGAGUCCUUCAUUCCAGCUUAAGAUGAAAAACUGAAAGUGUACUAGUUGGCACUAGUGCGGUUUAGCCAAUCUGACAUUCAUCGCGAAGGUAACCAAUUUUCUAUCGUCCUCGAAACAUUCAAGGCGUAUAUUUUGUUUUCUUCAGGCAGAUUGAUCAUGUUAUUUUGUUGAAGCGAUGGGGCGGAAAACAUUGGCGAAUUUCGAAGAUUGAGCUACAAGAAAACCCUUCUUUAAUUUUGAUCUCCAAUGUGAAAUAAUGUUUUGAACAAAUAGAGUUCGAGUCAGGUUUUAGUCUUUCUACUAGUUCAAGCAAUCUGUUUCACGACCAUUUCAAAUUGUGGUAUGAAAGGUCAGAAUGAUCUGAUUCACUUCUCUAGUUUUUCUUUUUACUUCUUCCUUUACCCUUAUGAAUAUAUAACAAAUGCAUUUCCAGUUGCCCUUUUAACAGUUAGACUGAAACAAGUUUAGUAUGGCUGUGUUUGAACAAAUCCCAGUCUGAAUUUAGUUGGGAUGAAACA